AUGGCGAAGCGAGGUGAUUGGGUUUACGAUGAAUUACUGUGUUUCUUGGGAAAUCCUUUUUUUCAAGUUCCUGUCUUGACUUUUAUGGAGUCUAAAUGUUUAAUUUUUGACCCAAGUAUUGAAGACAGUGAGGAAUACAAGAAGGUUUACCAGGAAUACAAAGCUGUUAUUCAGAAGUUGCUGGAUGCCUUUAUAAAAGAUACAGGUAUCAGCCAUGACCAGGUCAUUAAAGCUCUCCAAGACAUGAACAAAAAAAAGGACAUCAAAGAAAUGUUUCAGAGCUUGUUUGAGCAGUUCUUUGCUGCUGAGGACUACGGGAUUUUUGUUCGACUGAUGAUUCAGAAAAACAUUGAGUUACAACAGCAGGCUCUAGCAAUGAUUAUGCAGAUGCAGGGAGCACUCCCUGACAGCCUCAGUGAGGGGGCACCAAAGGCUCCCUCCUCAUCAUCACCCCCUGCCCCCUCCAAUGAGCAGUAUGGGGCACAAAAUGAGGAAGAAAUCCUAAAGGCUGUGUUAGAACAGUCCAAACGAGAAUAUGAGGAAGAACAAAAGAAGAAGAAGACAAUGGAAGAAGAAGAGAUGAAGAAGGAGAUGGAGAGCCUGAUAAAGAUCUCCCAAGUGGAGCAUUCCAGACUGGAAGAGGAGAAAAGUAAAGAGAAAACCAAGCUAGACCAGGCUUUGUUUGGAAUGACAUUGAAUGAAUCAGCCCCACAAACCAGUGUAUCCAGUAAACCACCAGCAGGAAACACCAAACCACCGCCAGCAAAACCACAAACAGAUCUCAAGUCAGCGCCCAGUAUAUCAGUGACCCCUGCUGCUCCUCAAAGUGUCGCAGCCCCUCCUAAACCGGCAGAACCCGCUGUCCCCACGGCUAGUGUCACUGCGGCAAUUGCUUCUCAGAAAUUACCACAGGUGGGUCAACAAAAACCCCAAAUGUCCAGUGCAGAGGCUGCAGCUAACUGGUUAAAACAGACAGAUGACACUCCUUCUCAGAAUAAACCAUCCACCUCAGCUGUCCAUGCUGCUGCAGCAGCCAUGUCAAACAUGAACCCAGAGGAACUGAAAAAGAGACAAGAUUUUUUGAAGCAACAAAGAGACAAAUUGCUAGAAAUGAAGAAAAAAGAAAGAGAAAAACAGUUAUUAGCUGCAGAAAAGUCCCAACCAAAACGUCCUGUAUCUGCUCGCAUGGCCAAGUCAGCCAUGGAGGAUGGAGUGUCAGAAAAGUCCAAUAAACUAAGUCCAGAGGAGGAGAAAAAGAUGGCUAUGAGAAAAGCAAUUGCUGACCGUCUGAAGGCAGAAAUGCUGGGAAAAUAGUGCAUAAUAAAAACAGUGACCUAUGUGGUAUUGACAAAACUUUGAUCUGUUAUAUAUUUCCUAAAGGUUUUUAUGCAUUCGUGGAGAAAAAAUGUCAUUUUUGUGGUCUUUUGUAAUGAAUGUGAUAGAUUUGAAUGAGAAAUAAAUAUCAGUUAAAGGGAGAUAAGUGAAUUUGAAUUGACUCGUUUUGAAGAUUAUCAUGUUUGAUCUGUAUAAUGUAUUUUGAGGUUUACUACAAGUUGUGGUGAAAUGUUUUACUUUAUUGCAUCAUGUGUACAUGUAUAUAUUCAUGACUGAUAUUCAAGAUUGUUCAUUGAGGAAAAUAAAAAUUACUGGUGGAAUAGUAUAAUGAGCCUAGGUAAAAAUGAACCCCCAGUGAUACAUAAUGUAUCAACCUUUUAGUCUAUUAUUUUAUUAUUAAUAAUAUACUGUUGAGUAGGUACUAUGCCCAAACCCUUUAGUUGUUAUAGUUCUACUUAACAAUUACUAGUAUUUUCAGGUUGUGUAAGUUAUGUUUUAAUAGCAAAUAUAUCUUUAGUGUUCCGAGUUAUGGAUUAUUUUUAAGAAUAUUGUGUUGAUUAUUAUACAACAUAACUUUAAUACUGUUCUUGGGUUUAGAGCACAGUUGUAUAAUAUUUUUUAAAGUACAUGUACAAUAGUACAUAUAUUGUACAUGUACUUGUGCCAGUUGUUUUAUGUACCGGUAAAGCUGCAUAUGAGAGGAAGUUCUAAAUACAUUCAGCUGGAUACUGUAUUAAUUUUUUAUAUUCUAUUAUUGAACACUCUAUUGUGUUGCUCCUCUCUGUAUUGGAAUUUUAAAGUUUGGUUGUGAAAGUCUCUCUACUCCAGUCAAAUAUCACAUGACCUCGUUCCUCUACUCCAGUCAAUUAUCACAUGACCUCGUUCAUUCCAGUUUUCUCUCAUAUUAAGUCAGCAUUUUUGUAAAAUCAAAAGGGUUAGUGCAUUAACUCCUUAAUCAGACAUGCUUCCUACUUGGGAAAAUAUGUUUUUAUCUGGAAAAAAAAAACUUAAAUCUUAUAACACUCUGGCAUUUUGAGAAUUUUUUUAAGUUGACUUUUUAAACCUGUAUGCAAUAUUUAUGCACAUGCAUCAAUCAAUGCACAAUGCUCCUUUAUCGUUGCAGUGUUCCUGAUGAGGAAUUGAUGUUGAAAUUUUUUUCUGCACAUACCAAGUCAUUAUAUAUAAGAGUUCACAUUUACCUUUGUUCAUUCACUUAUGUAAUAUUUUUAGUUUGGAGGAGGAAAGUAAGCAGAAGAAGAAAUUUUACCAAUAUGACGUUUUGCUCCUUCAACAAUUCAAACAUUGAUAUUUUGUCAUUCUUAUUUUUUGUUUUCCAGUGAUUUGUGUAAUAUGGUGCUUUGUUUGCCAUUAUGUUUUUUGUCUUAUCAUGUAUGUAUAGAGCAGUGGAGGUUGUAUUCUUCAUUUAAGUGGCACAUUGAAGAGAAGAACGAGUGGUUCACAUUUCCUUAUAUGUUAAUUACUUCAAGAUUUCCGAGUAGUACAUCUGACUGACAAUUAGGGGAAAAAAGAUUCAUCAUAUGACAUUUGGUUUAUGAAUUGUAACAGUUACUGGACUUUUUUUCUAUUCUGAAUCACAUAUUUCAGAUGUGUAGAUAAAUAUUACUUGUAUAUAAGUCUCAUAUAUCAUAAUUAAAAUCACUAUUGUCCAAAUGAUAGGCAGUAUAACAGAUUUCUUUGGCUUGUAAUUUUCUUAAUUUUAUCCUUCAAAUGUACCAUUCAAUUUUUUUUUUCCAAUCCAGUUGCUUUGUGAAAAAGCGAAUGAUGCAAUUUAAACCUGAAUACCAUAAAAAUUUGAAAAAUGCAAAAUUAAACUUAUACACUAAAUAAUGUAAUAAAUUGUAUAAUCUACUACAACACAUAAAAAUGGGUCUCUUUCUAAUUAUAAAAAUCCGAUCCUGGAAGAGUUUUACUGAACUAUUGUGUGAAUAUUUUGUUGCAACAUUCUUGACAUAAAAUUCUGUGAUAAUAAAUGCAAUUGAAAUAU